GAUUAGAGAUGAAAGAGAGAUUAGCACGGGCAGGAGAGUUGAAGUCUUUUUCUCCAUCUCCAUUGGUGAGUCAGUGUAAAGACAGAAGAACUACAGAGACAUCAGAAAUCAGUACUUUAGCCUUCCUCAGGAUGCCUGAUCCAGGUAUUUUCUCCCCUGCACUCAGCAAGUUACCAGUUUCAAGAUUGUGUUCAGUGCUCUGAAGCAGAUUUCUACUGCAUGCCUUGGAUACAUGCUCCUAAUCAGCUUACAAGCUUUUCUUGACCUACGCUUCUUUUCCUAACGCUGAUCUGACUAUGGCUGUCCUCAGAGUAAAAUUCACCAAAACUAAGAGGGACAAAUUGGCUCAGAUCUUAUGGAUCCUCAACUGGGUUUCUGUAGUGAGCGGGAUCAUUCUCUUCAGUCUUGGCCUCUUUCUGAAAAUAGAGAUCAAGAAGCGCAAUGAAGUGAUGGCAAAAGGGGACAUUAACUCUGUCCCCAACAUGCUGAUCUCUGUAGGGGUCAUAGCAUGUAUCAUCAACUUUAUGGGUGGCAAAAUCUGCUAUGACUGCUCAGAUGCCAACAAGUUCUCUCGAUGGAAACUAGUUAUGCUCCCAUACAUCGUAUGUACCUUCUGUUUUACCUUUUGCAUCCUGGUGGGUGCUCUCAUGUGCUAUACCAUGAGGAACGAGCUGGAAGAGUCUCUCUAUCUGGGACUGAGGGAUGCUAUUAAGUUCUAUAAGGACACGGACAUACCUGGACGAUGUUUCUUAAAGAAAACAGUGGAUAUGUUACAAAUUGGAUUCAAAUGCUGUGGAAACAAUGGCUUUAGAGACUGGUUUGAAAUUCAGUGGGUAUCUGCUCGUUAUCUGAAUAUGGCUUCCAAGGAAGUUCUGGACCGCCUAAAGAGCAACGUUGAUGGGAGGUUCCUGGUGGACGGAGUACCCUUCAGCUGCUGCAACCCAAGCUCCCCGCGGCCCUGUAUCCAGUACCAGCUGACAAACAACAGUGCUCACUACAACUACGAUUUUCUGACAGAGGAACUCAAUAUCUGGGUGAAGGGGUGCAGAGAGGCCCUGCUGGAUUACUACACAGCUAUUAUGAGAUCUAUUGGUAUCGCAGCAUUGCUUAUUUGGUUGUUUGAGCUCUCUGUACUUAUUGGUGUCCGGUACCUACAAACAGCAAUGAAGAAUGUCCUUCUGCUAGGAGAUUUGGAGGGUGAGUCAGAUGGUUGGUUACUAGAAAACAGCUUUGUGGAAACUGCCAAAUACAACAUCAGUAUCAUUAAGAACCUCGGCAAAGCCAACCAGAUCUCCACUGUCUCAGGCAUGAACGACCCCAACAUUGACGUUCAAAACACAAACUGUGGCAAAACCAAUGUUACAACAAAAUCUAUCCCAGCAGCUAGCUAGGCAAGGCUUUGAAGAAAUGACAUCACAAGUGUAGCUUUGACAUAUUACAGUCUUACGAGUACCAGCUUUUUCACUGGUGGGGAAAAAAAAAGGUAGGAAAACUAAUAAGACAAUUGAACUAACCACAGACUGGUGACAGGUCCAAAAAUGCUGAUACUUCUUCGGCUGGAUGUAUUUUUACUCAUUCUUGUGAAAUCCCUGAUUUUCAACACUGCACAAAAGAAACUUUUGAAAUUUUCCCCACUUCUCUCCCUUGCUUACAUACUUCUGUCAUGGUCUGAAUACAUCAGAAUAAUCAUUAUGCACAA